UGUUGUCCGCAGCAUCCCGGCGCCCGGGCUCUCAUCGCUGCAAGCCUGGGCUUUCUGUCUCCUCCCCUCUCCCGCCCUCACCUCCACGCGGGGCUGCCUGGGCCAGCCAACUCUGCGCACUUUGCCCCUUGCUGGCAGCGGAUAAAAGGCGUCUGAGGAAAUACGGGACACAGUCACCCACUGCCAGCUCUAGCCUUUAAAUCCCCAGCUCGGGGAGAUCCACGCACAGCGGGUAGGGCCCGGACACCCACCCGGCGUGCACGGCGCAGAGCCACCGAUCGCUGCGCACUAGCGGGCUCCGGAGCAGAAGUCCACCCUCUGUCCCCGCGGUGCCGAACUCCGCUCGGCAGCCUCAGUCCUGGGAAAGUGAUCCCGGCAUCCGAGAUCCAAGAUGCCGGCCCACAUGCUGCAAGAGGAGAUCUCUAGAUCCUACACCACCACCACCACCAUCACAGCGCCUCCCUCCAGGGUCCUGCAGAAUGGAGGAGGCAAGUUGGAGAAGUCGUCCCUCUACUUGGAAGAAGACAUCCACCCUGAUUUUAAAGAUGAUAUAUAUGACCCAACCUACCAGGAUGAGGAGGGUCCAAGACCCAAGGUUGAAUAUGUCUGGAGAAACAUCAUCCUUAUGUUUCUUUUACACGUGGGAGCCCUGUAUGGGAUCACAUUGAUCCCCACCUGCAAAUUGUACACCUGGCUGUGGGGAUUAUUCUACUAUUUCAUCAGUGCUCUGGGCAUAACAGCAGGAGCCCAUCGCCUAUGGAGCCACCGAAGUUACAAAGCCCGGCUGCCCCUGCGGCUCUUCCUGAUCAUUGCCAACACCAUGGCGUUCCAGAAUGAUGUUUUCGAAUGGGCCCGCGAUCACCGAGCCCACCACAAGUUUGCAGAAACAAAUGCUGAUCCUCAUAAUUCCCGACGUGGCUUUUUCUUCUCUCACGUGGGUUGGCUGCUUGUGCGCAAACACCCAGCCGUCAUGAAGAAGGGCGGUACGCUGGACUUGUCUGACCUAAGAGCCGACAAAUUGGUGAUGUUCCAGAGGAAGUACUACAAGCCCGCCGUUGUGUUUAUGUGCUUCCUCCUGCCCACAUGGGUGCCCUGGUAUUUCUGGGGCGAAACCUUUCUGCACAGCACUUUCGUUGCCACGUUCCUGCGUUACAGUGUAGUACUCAAUGCCACCUGGCUGGUGAACAGCGCCGCCCACCUCUACGGAUAUCGCCCUUAUGACAAGAACAUUAACCCCCGGGAAAAUAUCCUGGUGUCCCUGGGAGCUGUGGGCGAGGGCUUCCACAACUACCACCACACCUUCCCCCAUGACUACUCCACCAGCGAGUACCGCUGGCACAUCAACAUAACCACCUUCUUCAUCGAUUGCAUGGCUGCCCUCGGCCUGGCCUAUGACCGGAAGAAAGUAUCCAAGGCCACCAUCUUGGCCAGGAUUAAAAGAACUGGAGAUGAAAGCUUCAAGAGUGGCUGAGUUUUGGGUCCCUCAGGUUCCUUUUCCAAAAGCCAGCUAGGCAGAGGUUUAAUGUUCUGUUUAUUAACUACUGAAUAAUGCUACCAGGUUGCUAAAGAUGAUGAUGUUAACCCAUUCCAGUACAGUAUUCUUUUAAAUGCAAAAAUAUUGAAAGCCAACAACUCUGCCUUUAUGAUACUAAGCUGAUAUUCUUAUUUCUUCUUUUAUAUUCUCUCUCCUCUAGUCCCAUUGUCCUCUUUCCUUUGUUCCUAUCACCUUCCUUUCUCUUCUCCCUCAUUGCCUCCCAGGCAAGCAGCUGGUCAGUCAUUGGUCAGUGUCCAGCUUCCAAAGCUUAUACAACCUUUCCAUAGUCUUAAACUAAUGGUCUCUGCCCCAGAUAAUUCUCUUUCCUUGAGCUGCUGUGAGCUUUAAGGUAGGUAGCUCAAGCUGGAGACACAACAAAAUCUUCUGGGCAGUUCUCUGUUCAUUAUCUUCAGCCCAGGCUUUAGCUAGAUGGAAUGGAAAAAGAACUUCAUUUGGCACAAAGCUUUUAAAGCAGGUGAAUUGUCAAGGGAGACAGUUAGCAUGCACAGUGUGAUUGGUAAGGAACUAUGGGGACGAGGUGGGAAAAUAAGGCAAGAGGAAGCUCUUGCCAUGGUUAGACAUGCCAUUGUCCACCUAGCAAGGCCUCCAAGCCCCACCACGCAGCAUGCUUCCUUUCUGUCCUGAUUGAGCAGCGAAUGGUGUGGAGCUUGGCAAUGCUAAAACACAAGAACAAAUCUCAAUGUCUCGAUAUAGUUUAGGCUGAGGGUAAAGACGAAGCAUUUAGUUUCUCUGCUGGGAAGGAUUUUUUUUCUUUAAUCACAAGGAGAUUUCUUGGUUGACAUAUCAAGAAGUCUUGAGGUUGGGCGUUUCCACGAUUGGUGAAUACAGCAGCUUUGUAGAAUUUGAGGAUUCCAUGAGCUGCUCAUCACAAUUCUUGCAUCUUUCUGCUCUGCCAUCUUCGGGAUAUGGGUUGCUCCCCUCACAGUAAUAAGAGGUUGUGGCAUUUCCAAACAUCCGAACAAGGAAGGAUUUUCAGAGGUGGAGUUACGCCAAACAUAGACAUAUAUAUACAUGAAUACUUUGCUUAGAACAUUAAAAUAUUUCACUUAAGAGUAUUUUGCUCUGAAAGAGGGAUGUUUGAAGGAACUCGGAGAGGAGGAAUUAGCCGCGUUGUCUAUUAACGCGCCCCCCAGCCCCCACCCCCACUGCUGGACAGGGGAUAGAUAGAUUGAGGGCAAGUCUGUAGGCAGUUCCUAAAAGGUAACUUUACAAAGGAAGGACUCUGAGAACAACACAUCACCGGGGAUCCAGGAGGUUACUGAGUAAGUUCUUGGGUAUCUUAAUAAAACAAACUAGAUGUUAGGUUCAUUCAUUAGUUCCAAUUUCUCCUUGGAAUGAGUAAAAACUAGAAGGCUUCUCCCCACAACGUUGUGCCCUUCUGUUCCUCUGUUAACAUCUAGCCUAAAGCAUAGGGCUGCCUAGGGGGCAAGGUUAGGAAUCUCUUCACUACCCUGAUUCUUGAUGCCAGAUCUAUCCCAUCUGUCCCUUUUCUCCUACCAGUUCUCUCUCCUGUGACAUUUUCUUCUUUCUCUGGACAGGCAGCCUCCUUCAUGUGAAUUCAGAGGCAGUGACAACUUGCUGUCCAGGCAGCUCCCUCUCCUGCAGACAGAAUGCUCAGGGUCACUGAACCACUGCUUCUCUUUAGAAAGUAGUGCUAGCUGCCACUUUCAUGUGGCUUCCAGAGUGUCUCCACCUAACCCCUGUGCUCUCCUACCACUCUGAUGGCUCAAGAGAAGGCUGGCAAAACCCUCCCAGCAACAUCCCUGACUCAGAGAGGCUCUCUCACGAGGCAUGGCCAAGCCAAAUGCUUGUGUUGUGCCAGUGAGCUAGCCAUGGAGCAAAGAGGGUUUGUUUUCAGUUCCCUCUGCCUGGAUCAGAACCAGAAAGCAUGCUGAAUGCUCCCUGCUUGCUCAGUAAGGCUGCCCCACCUGAGUCAGUGCUCCCAGAGGACAGUAUAAUGCUUGUAGAAAUAGGAGGAAACCUAGUCCUCCCUGGGAAGCACAAGAAACAAGGGCAAGUACCCAAGUGCCUCACUUCGAAAGGAGGCCCUGUUCCCUGAAGUCAGGGUAUGUUGCAAAGCUUUGGCCGAGACUUGGGAUCUGAGAUGCCAUGUACUUUGCUGAAUGGUCUCUGUUCAGCAAACUAACCAGCAUUCCCUACAACACAGCCUAGGGCAGACAAUAGUAUAGUAGAAGUCUGGAAAAAAACAGAACAUCCAUGUUUUGAGAAACUUGGACUAGCCUUGUCCCUGUACCUCAGUCUGGCUUUGCUCUAAUGAGAUUGGAAAUGUACAAUACCAGAUGCUCCGCCCACUGUUGAGCCCCCAGUGGUGGAAGGGAGGAGGGUCUUUCUUCCCGUGUUGAUUCAAUAGAGGCUACAGGGGUUAGCCUGGGCUAAAGGCAUCCUCGUUUUUGAGCUGUUCAUCUCAGUAGGAAAGAAUCUAAUGGCAGAUCACUGUAGUUUAGAUCUGCUGACCUGCGCACCUACCCCUUGGAAAUGUCUGUUGGGUUCUUUUAAUUCCACAGGUCAUCAGAUGCCUGCUUGAUAAUAUAUGAACAAUAAAAACAGCUUUCACUUCCUUCUAUUGUAAUCGUGUUCCCUGGAUCUGAUCCAUACUAUGACCCCACACAAGGCUGGGUGGAGACCUCAGGCAGAGGGCCUCAGUGGGUGUGUGGGUGUGUAGGUGGGGGUGUGUCUGCUGCGAAAGGAACACUAUUUUCAACAUUCAGAAGCUUAUUCAAGUGAUGCAUUAAUGGGAAAAUCAGAUCUGAUCAAGAGUCCAAAUUUCUAAGUCCUUGCUUGCUUUGGGUGUGCCGACAACUUAUUUGGUUGCCUUACAUCUUUUCUAAUCAUUGUUGCAUAUGAGCCACCCUCACUCCCUCUGUGGAGGCCCUUUGCACCUGAGAGCCAGGUGCAAACCAGAAGUGGUUGGUAGAAAAGGGGUCUGGCUAGAGAAUUAUCAGUAGAGCGAUUUGCAGGAUUUCCUUCUGGGCUUCAUUUUGGAAACUUCACUUCGGGCUGCUUUUAUUAAGUGCCCACAUUUGAUGGAGGGUGGAAGUAAUUGCAAUGUAUUUGGUUUAUAUAUUUUUUUUUAGAUUAAAAGAUGGUUGUAGCAUUUAAAGGGAAAUUUUUCUCCUUGAUUUGCUAGUAUCUUGAGUGUAUUCUCUGUAAGUGUAGCUUAAACAGGUCAGCGUGAAAGGUUAAGAAAGCAAGGUGGCAAAUGUCACGCUGAUGGUUAAGGCCAGGGCCUCUCCUACCACUGUGCCACUGACUUGCUAUGUGACCCUGGGCAAGUCACUUAACUAUAAUGUGCCUCAGUUUUCCUUCUGUUAAAAUGGGAAUAAUAAUACUGACCUACCUCAAAGGGCAGUUUUGAGGCAUGACUAAUGCUUUCUACAAAGCAUUUUGCGAUCUUUCAGCAGAGGUAUAAUAGUAGCGUCCACCAUGAACUUAAUGUGUCCAUGUGUCCUGGAUGCUAUCAUUAGUCUAUGCGGUUCUCUGAGAGAUUGAAUGAAUCCAACGGAUAAGUGGUGCAUAACUAGCCAGACACAAUUUAAGAACACAUAAGCUCAUUGCCAUGGAAACACACAGGAUACCUUUUCCUUGAUUGAGUGGGAUUUUUUCCCUUUUCAUGUGGGAUAGUAGUUAUUUGUGACCUAAGAAUAAUUUUGGAAUAAUUUCUAUUAAUAUCAACUCUGAAGCUAGUUGUACUGAUCUGAGAUUGUAUUUGUUCAUAAUAAAAGUGAAGUGAAUCUGA